ACUGACAUUUGUAAGUAAUGUCGUGUAUGUAUAUGUAGCUAUAAUAUAAAGUUUGCAUGUGUAUUAUGACGGUAUUAUAUAGGUAAUUAUUUCGCUAUACUCUUUACAACAUAUUAUCAAACCAAAAAUGUUGAGCAGUUUUGAUAAUUUAAACAGAAACUUUUGGUUAAAAACUACACCAUAUUUAGUCAUUUUAACACUCGAGUUGUUAUUAGAUGUUUCAGAUUGUAUGACACAAGCUGAAAUAAAUAGGCAUUUAGAGUUAGGGAAACAAUAUUUAGCUAGCGGUCAGUUAGGAGAUGCCUUGAGCCAAUAUCAUCUGGCAGUUGAGGGAGAUCCCAACAAUUAUCUAACUUACUUCAAAAGAGGUACUGUGUACCUAGCUUUAGGCAAAGCAAAGAAUGCCCUCAGUGAUUUAGAUAGAGUGUUAGAAUUAAAACCGGAUUUCACUGCAGCUAGAAUUAGCAGAGGAAAUGUUCACCUCAAGCAAGCCAACUAUGAUUUAGCACAAUUGGAUUAUUAUAAUGUGUUAAAAAGUGAUCCAUACAACGCUGAAGCAAAUGAACUUAUCCUGCGAAUAGACCCGACCAAAGAGAAGAAACGUAGCGCAGAGUACUACUACGGCCGCGAUGACUACGUAUCAGCCAUUCAUUACCUCACCGAAGUCAUGGAAGUUAGUCCGUGGGCCUCGGACCUCUACGAAUUCCGUUCAGAACUACACAUGCUAAACGGGGAUGAAGUUGCCGCCAUAUCGGACAUCAGAUCAGCUACGAAACUGCAGAGCGACAACACAGACGGAUUCUUCAAACUUUCUAAACUUUUAUACAAAGCUGGACAGGCUACCGAAGCGUUGAAAGCUAUCAGAGAAUGCUUGAAGCUGGAUCCAGAGCACAAAGACUGUUUUCCAUUUUAUAAGAAAAUUAAAAAAGUAGAGAAGUUUUUAACAGACGCCGAAUCUUCAUUAGAAAAUAAAGAAUACGCACAAUGUAUAGAAUCAGCCAACAAAGCCUUGAAGAACGAGAAAGACGUGGCGAGCAUCAUUUACGAAGCCAAAAGGCUGCUCUGCGCAUGCUACUCUCGCGACGAACAGGAUUCAGAAGCCAUAACGUUCUGCACGGAAGCCUUAGCUUACAAUGAUGACCCCAACAUUUACUGUGAUAGAGCAGAAGCUUAUUUAAACCAGGAGCUUUACGACGACGCUAUUAGAGACUAUAGAUCAGCGCUAGAGGUCGACUCACACUUUGAGAGAGCCAAAGAAGGACUCAACAAGGCCGAGAAUAGACAAAAACAAGCAGAGAAGAGGGAUUAUUACAAGAUAUUGGAAGUCAAAAGGACGGCUAGUAAAAAGGAAAUUGUCAAAGCUUAUAGGAAAAUGGCACAAAAAUGGCAUCCGGAUAAUUAUCAACUAGACGAGAAGAUGAAGAAAAUCGCCGAAAAGAAAUUCAUCGAUAUUGCAGCUGCUAAAGAAGUACUAACAGACGAAGAAAAACGACGACAGUUCGACAACGGCGAAGAUCCCCUGGAUCCGGAAUCGGGUAAAAGUCACAUGCCAAACUUCCAUCACUUCCAAAGUUUCCACGGUAGUCCGUUCCAAUUCAAGUUCCACUUCAAUUGAGUCGAUACAUCUCUCUAGUGACAAUUUUUUAUUUAAUUUGGGCAUUAACGUCCGACACUUUGUAAAUACUGUGUGAUAUGUGCAAUUUAGGUCUAUUUUUCCUACCAAGAAAAUUACGUUUUUGUUUGUAGACGUAAAUUGUUAGGUGUAUAAUAUUUAUUUAUGUUUGUUUUCCACAAACGGGUAGUAACUGUGAGGAUUGUGCUGAAAUACUUGCAGGAACUGGUAGAAGCUGUCAAAAAUUUGUGCCAUUUAGGUUGGCAGUUGUACGAUCUAAAGUCUUGAAGCUCAGUAGGUUUUAAAAUAUGAAAAAAUCCAUCACACUAAAUUAUUUUGGUGCCAUACACUGUUUUGGACAUUCGUCACUUCUAUGUGUCUUCUUGAAUUGAUUAUCAUUUAGUGUACCUCAAUAAAUGAGGAAAUAUGACGGUAAGAAAAAAAAUUGCAGUCUUGAUCGUAAAAGGUUCUUUUUUAACGAUUGUGAUCUUUUCACUAUCUUUUUAGUGAGUCUACUACUAUAAUAAUUUAAAAAGUCAGUCUUUUUUCAAACGGUUUUUUUAGCAGCAAUUUUGAUAAAAUGUUGAAAAUUUUUUAAUAUAUCUUCAAAUUGCAGCCUAAAAGAAUCGACUGCGAUCUUUCUAGUCACUGUUUGGGCAAGUACGGUUGUUUAAAUAAUCGCUCUCUGGGAUAAACAAAUUCAUUAACUUAAAAACUAUUUGGUCGAUCUAGGAUCUAGCUGAGACUUAGUACACUUUGCCAUAAUUUUAAGUAGAUAAUAUACAGUGAUGAGCGCGCUGAUAACCGGCAAAAUAGCUCAAAAGAUGGAAAAUGUAUUAAGUUGUAAGAUAAAAAGAAAUGAAACUACUGGAGGUGGGAUUUUAUCGGUAUUAACUUAUAAUUUACAUUACUAUUAUGGAUAGUUUCCACCUUUAUAACUUUAAACGUCAGCUAGUUUACCUCGGUCAUAAUUCUAAUUCUACGUAUGACGUUUCUUCAAACUCAGAUUUAUCAGGUUAUGUACCUCUUCUUCUUUUUGGUUUAUUGGCCUCUACCUGCAUGGGUAUUUUGGCCAGCUCAUUCUCUCAGAAUAAAGAAAAAAUCCCUUAUGCCCGGUUGCACCAACAGAUCUUAAGCUUAAGUCGAGAAUAUCAUAAGAAUUAAUAUAAUAUAAUAAUAAUAUAUUGCAAUAAGAAUACCACAAUAUAAUAAUAGAUAUAAUUGAUAAUACGGUAAGAAUCUAAAAUUGUGGUGCAACGUAAGUGAUACUCAAGGAGGCCCUAUCUAUAACUGGAGCUUAGCUAAGCUGGAGCUUAAGAUCUGUUGGUGCAACCGGGCAUUAAUAAUCUACAUCUACAUUUAUAGUUAAUAUCGGACAAAUACAACAAAGUUAAAAACUUUUCUCGCUCAGGAAUAACUACCGACUAUUACAUAAUCUGCUUCUACUUCUUCUUCACCUUCUUUGAUUAAUUGGCAAUUUUAGGUUGUUAUGGCACAAAUAAAACAGAGGUAAAAACUUUCAUCUGACACAAAUAGACGUCAAACCGAAAUUUAAUUUCAAACUAAAACUGUCGAUUAUUCCAAACUAAAAUAAUAAAACACACAAGAAGCAUCAGGUCCUAAAACUAAACAUUUCCAAAUUCACAAAUACCUAUAACGAAACCAUUUGACUGAGUGCCAAUUAACUAAGUAUAAAAUAAAUAAUAUUAAAUUCCAUAAACUGCCACAUGAAAAUGCUGCACUGAUUCUUAGAAGCAUUUCCCGAACUUCUAAUCUGAUUCUCCUCCAUACAACUACUGAAGUGGGCUCUAGUGAACGUUAAAUUAAACUAUAACACUUCGAGUUCGAGAAGUGGUUUUCUACGGUAAACAGAAACUUGUUGCUGAAAAAACAAUUCGUGGAAAUCAUGGUUUUAACGGUAGAAGAAAAAGUGCAAAUUGUUGUCUGGCAUGCUAAUGGAUUACCAGAGAACAUGAUCAGACAACAAUUUAGAGAUAUGUACCCAAAUAGGCCAACACCAACACGAUCGACAAUUCAGUCUAUUGUACGUAAUUUUUUAAAUUAUGGAUCCGUGUUUACUCCAAGAGGAAUUCGUAGACGACGAGAGGUAAACCCAGAUUUAGAACUAAGGGACACUUUGAUUUGUGCAAGUAUUGAACAAAAUCCUACUCAAUCAACAUCUUUUCUCGGAGAACAGUUUGGACUUUCAAGAUUUACAGUAGGUAAAAUUUUGAAAAAGCAUGGAUACCGUCCCUACAAGUUACAUAAAUCCAACGAACAAUUCCCUGGAGAUCAAUAUCGACGUUUAGAAUUCUGUCAAAAUGCAAUGGAAAUGUCACAUCAAGAUGAACAUUUUUUACAGAAUGUUUUGUUUACCGAUGAAUGUACGUUUUCACUGCAUGGACGUCACAAUUCAAUGAACACUCGGUAUUGGUCUCGAAGAAAUCCUCGUCAGAUUUAUGUCGCUCGUACUCAGCGUCCUCGAAAAGUAAAUGUUUGGGGAGGCAUAAUAGGGAAUCAUGUCAUAGGUCCAUUUUUUAUAGACGGUAUGUUGACUGGGCGGAAAUACUUGGAACUUCUGCAAAAUCAAAUUGUCCCGGCCCUUCGUAAUUUACCAAUACCUUUCGAUUCCAUAUGGUUUCAACAAUAUGGUUGCCCUGCACAUAAUUCUCGCAUCGUCAGGGAAUAUCUCAGUGCUACUUUUCCUAAUAGAUUGAUUAGUGGCCACGGAGAUAUUUUCUGGCCUGCAAGAUCACCUGAUCUUUCACCUUGUGAUUUUUUUAUGUGGGGGUAUAUCAAGUCCAAACUAUAUGGAAUUGAGGACGAUAGGCCUAAUACUCUCCAAGAAUUACGGGAAAAGAUCUCUGAUACAAUGAGAGGUAUUAGUCCAGAAACAUUAUCUAAUGUUAGACGGAAUUUUUACAAUAGGCUGGGUUAUUGUUCCGCUGCUUAUGGUGGCUUAUUUGAACAUUUUUUGUAAACAGAUUCAUUUAGGACUUUUUUUUUAUUUUUGUAGAAUUUUUUAUUUUCGAAAGUAUGACAUUGUUUUUUCAGUAAGCGUUUCAUGUUUUACUUUAAACUACUUCAGUGCUGCAGAUAUACAACGGAGAUGUAAGGUGGACAACAUUAAUAACUGGGUGAAAAACAGAAGAAUAUAAUGGAACGACCACAUAAGCCGAAUGACAACAAAUAGAGUAGUCAGGACAGCGAGAGACGGUUCCCCAAUAGGAAGACGAUCAGUGGGAAGACCACGAAAAAGAUGGAACGACAACUUCGGUAGGCACAUUGAAAAACAGACAGAGUCAUGUCUACAUAAAAUGAAGAAGAAGACUUUAAACAUUUCUAAUAAAGACUAACACAAAUGUUAAGUAAUUCAAAGCAAACAAUAUCUGCAUAAUUUCAAAUUUUAAUAUUUAAUUAUUGCAAUAAAGUCAUAAAUGUGGGAUUUGAAACAACCUUCGACAAUUCUGAAGUGACAGGAGUGAAUCCGAGACGUCUAAAAUCAUGGUAAAUAGAAAUUAAGUUAAUUUUAGAAUAAAAAAAUUACUAUGAAUUAAACUGUUUUUAUUUACAUUUGCUUUAUAGGGCUUUUCAUCGAUUGUCAUUUGUUUCGAGCUUUUGUAUAAUCUGUGUAUAAUAUUAAUAUACAGAGAUUAUACGACAUAUGACAGCUAGAAACAAAUGACUGUGAAUGAAAAGCCCUAUUGUCUUCAAUUGAUUUUUGCUUUAUGCGAAAAAAAAAUGUCGUAUUAACGUCAAACGUAGUUAUGAGGAAAGCAAAAUAUUGGAAAUGAAAUUGAUAAAAUAAUAAAUAAUUUGAACAAUAUGUCAAAAAUUACGUACGACUAGAUAAUUCAGUGUUGCUGUAUGGGUGGAGGCCUGGACCUUAAAGAAAGACAUAAGCGAUCGACUUAAAGCAUUCGAGAUGUGGACCUGGCGAAGAAUAUUAAAAAUAAGUUGGGUAGAUAGAAUAACAAAUGUUGAGGUCAUCAGAAAGAUGAAAAAGGAUAAGGAAACCGAGGCCACAUUACGGAAUCUUGUAAUGAUCGGCAGUUGCCCCUGAGCUAGAAAGAUUUUUGCCUUUGUUGUAUUUGUCCCAUUAUAAUUCAAAAUUGCCAAUUAACUAAAGAACGAGAAGAAGAAGUAGAGGCAGAUUGUGUAAUGGUCGACAGUUAUCCCUGAACGAGAAAAGUUUUUACCUUUGUUGUAUUUGUCCGAUACCAACUCUAAAUUGUAGGUGAAUAAGGGAUUUUUUCUUUAUGCCAAAACGAUGGACUAGCCAAAUACUCAUGCAGGUAGAGGCCAAUAAACCAAAGAAGAAGAAGACGUACAUAACCUAUUGAAACUAGGUUUGAAAGAACGUCAUACUAUGUAGAAUUAUGACCGAAGUUAACUAGCUGACGUUUAAAGGUAUAAAGGUGGAAACUAUCCAUAAUGGUAAUGUAAAUUAUAAGUUAAUACCGGUAAAAUCCCACCUCCAGUAGUUUCAUUCCUUUUUAUCUUACAACUUAAUACAUUUUCCAUCUUUUGAGCUAUUUUGCCGGUUAUUAGCGCGCUCAUCACUGUAUUACAUGUCACCAUUCAAAAAACAAAGUGUUCAAUAUUUAUAAAUGGACCGUGAUAGUGUGACGUCAAAAAGGUUUCCAAACAAAGCAAAAGUUUGACGCCUGUCAAUUGAUUAUACACGUAAUUUGUGUAAUCAUUUUUAAUUUAAUGUUUUUGAAGUUAUACUUCUUUACGCUCGAUAUGAGGGUGAAUUUUUAUAUGUUAAAACCUACGAUCCCGGCGCAUGCGCAUUAUAACUUUGUUCUGAUUGGAUGUUCAAAUGACAUGUCAAAAAUUAUUCAAUAUGUCGGCUGUGGCAAAGCUGUGGUUUGAUUAUUUAUGGUUGUUGCGUUUUGAAAUUUGUGUGAAAAGAAACAACAAACAAAAGUUAGUUAAUAGUUAUACUGCCUUUUUAAAUAGUUUUCAUAUAUAUUUUUGGACUUUUGGACUAUUUUGGACAAGGACUCAUUCUAAUUUGGUAAGUAGUUUUUAUUAUAAUCAUAUUGUAAUUAUACAUUUGGAUUAGGUUGGAAUAAAUUUAUUUUCUCAAGAAUGGGGAUUUUAGAGAGAAAUCCGAAAUUAGGUCCGAUUUUUAUUUUUAAAUUAUGAUUUUUUGGCGUAGAUUUAUUUAUCUAGUAGGUAUGUAAUGCUUUGAUUUACAUGCUUAAUUUGAUUACCAACAAAAGUUCUACCAAUCUUCAUCUCAUAUAUUGUUUUCGUACUGUUUUGUUAUAUUUUAAUAUUUUCUUCCACAAAAAUCAAACUACAUAAUUCGAUUUAAAUUCAGAAUAACUGUCAAACAGUAAAACGUUCAGUUGACCUAUUUUUCCGCAUGACAAAUAAUGAGUAAUUGGAUGAGUGAGUCUAGGCUUCGAUUACGAAUCAAAGCGUCCCCAAAUUCGCGGGUUCGAAUCCCGAUGCAAGCUUUUAUUUUUUUAUGCAUUUUAUGAUUGUAAGUAUAUUUAUUAUAUAACUUUUUUUUUCAGAAAAUGCGUAUUUAAAAUUUUUGCCAACAAUUAUUAUCGUUCAGAAAUCAUUUUUUUUUUGUGGCAUUUUUCAAUGUGUUUGUGUGCGUUUUAUUCUUUUAUUUUUUUUUUAAAUUUUUGGUAUUGUCUUAAUAAAAAUUUUUGGAAAGUAGUAAGUAUUAAAAUUAGUUUAAUAUUUAAAUAAAAUAUAAAUAAACUGUUUAAAGUACAUUAUAUCAAUUUCGUUAAAAUCACAUAAUAUGUAAUAGAAGUAUAACUUCUUACGUGCGUACAAAGUACACACACAUUCUUUUUUUUAACAAUCAUCUGCACAUUUUUGCUAAAGACACAAUCCUUGUUAGUCAUAUCAAUCAUAUUGCUUUUAAUUUUAUAGAUGUCCUUACACAAAAUCAAGGAUUUACACACUACAUGGUACUUACUGCGUUUCUUCAGGUUCUUAACCAGUCCCUAUUUGGAAAUAUGGUGGGAAAUAUACUAUGAGCGUUGAUUACAAUCACGGGUACCCAACACAUAACCAUUUUGUAACAAUUAAACAUCCUACAAGCAAUAUAUUCCAAUUAUAAAAACGAAAACAAACACCACGUGUGAAUUUUUGACAGAUUUUUGCUUUGUUUGGAAACCUUUCCAGAGUAGCCAACAUUGAUUUGACGUCACGACUAUCACGGUCCAUUACUAUACUUAAACCCAUCUAGUUUAAGAUGACAGAUUAGAUGUCGUUCAGAUACUUUACAGGUCUUCUAUGAUAAAUUAUAUGAUAAUUAAAUAAUGACCGGUCAAUGUAGAAUCAGGAAUUACUAACGAGGGGUUAUUAUAAAAUGGGGAGGAUUAUAAAAAAAUGAUGCUGGAAAUACGUUUUUCAAGAAUAUUAUUAGCUAACUGAAUAGUAGACCUUUAAUGGAGUUUUAUAUUUGAACGAAACAGUUUUUAACUUUGGUAUAUUUGGUCCUAGUAAAAUUAUGUGGGGGAGGGGGAAUCAUAAAGUCGGAAAUAUUUUACUUCUUGUUACGAAAAAAUUAGAAAAAUUCAUUUACUCAAAAAAUAUGAUUACCAUUUUCGAAUUAAUAGCUUCAAUCACUUCAAGGCGCUUAUAUUUCACCUUUAAGAAAUUCUCUACUUAAUGACUUAAAAUAUAAUAUCUGUAAAACUAAAAUAAUUACACUUUUAUAAAAAAAAGAACUUAUUAGAAUACCACGUUUUUAUUAUUUAUAGGGCUCAAUAUAAAAAGUAUAAUAAAAACAAUCAUUUUUCAAAUCAAAAUGUCAAUUUUAAAAACAAAAAGGAUUUUCGAAGCCGGGAACGGAACGAGCUCCCUGGGAGCCAGGGAUCCUAGCCACUAGACCAUUAUUUGAUUUAAUAUAUUGAGAUUAAUAUUUGACAUAUAAGUUAAAUGCCAUUACAUUAUUUAGUUCAAAAUGGAUUAAAAUAAAAAAAAAUAGCUGUUAAAUAUUGCAUUUUAAUCGAGUUCUGAGCUAUUCUGAAAAUUUCAGGUGCCUAGGUAGCCUAGAAGUAUGUUUAAAAUGGAUUACAAAAUUUGCGGACAUAGCGACAAAGACCAAGCCAAGUAUAUAAAAACGUUUUAAAAAUAUAUAUGUCUUUAGAGCUUGAUAGAGUUGUUAUUUAGGCGUAUUCAUUCGAUUCUACAGGGUGUUUCAUUAAUAAUUGUCCAUAUAGUAACUGGAGAAACCUUAGCACAAAAUACGAAGAUUUAACCUAAAACACUUAAAUAAAAUAUGGUUCUUUACCGAGUUACAGGGUGUUUUAUCUAAAAAUUUAAAAAUUAUUUUUGCUUAGCAUUUUAAAACUAUUCGACGUAUCCUUUUCAUACUUGGCCGAAAGGGCGACUACUAUACACCCUACUAAAUUAUGAUAAACAAACGUUUCUAGCUACUACCAGUGGCGUACGACAGGGGAUGGUGAAUGGUUGAUGCUUCUCAAAUUCUACGCCACUGGAGAAAUUACUAUUUUAGUGCCAUUUUUAGAUUCUCCAAUACUUUCUACGUAAAUAAUAUACUCUUCAUUGGUAACGAUAAAGUCAUUAGUUUACGAGAUAUUUGAAGUUAAAUAUGAAAUGGCACAGUUAUUUUGAUUAAUUUAUGAUAUGAUUCAUAUGAUGAAAAUUUAAAAAUUAUUUGUACCCAGUACUUUAAAACUAUUUCGCGUAUCUUUAUCAUACUUGGCAGAAAGUGUAGGUACUGUACACCCUACUAAAUUAAGAUAAAUAAACGUUUCUAGUUACUACCAGAGGCGUACGACAGGGGAUAGUGGCUGGGUGACCCUUCCCAAAUUCUACGCCACUGGCGAAAUUGCUAUUUUAGUGUAAUUUUUUUAUUUUCCAAUACUUUUUAUGUAAAUAAUAUACUCCUCAUUCGUAACGAUAAAAUGAUUAGUUUUCGAAAUAUUUGAAAUUAAAAAUGAAGCGACACAAUACAUUAAUCAAAAUGAUCUUGUCGUUUCAUUUUUAAUUUCAAAGAUCUCGAAAACUAAUGACUUUAUCGUUACGAAUGAAGAGAAUAUUAUUUUGAUAGAAAGUAUUGGAGAAUCCAAAAAUUGAACUAAAAUAACAAUUCCGCCAGUGGCGUAGAAUUUGGAAAGGGUCAACCGUUCAUUUUCCCCCGUCGUACGCCUCUGGUAAUAGCCAGAAACGUUUAUUUAACAUAAUUUAGUAGUUUGUGCAGUACCUACACUUCCUGCCAAGUAUGAAAAGGAUACGUUGAAUAGUUUUAAAAUGCUGAGCAAAAAUAAUUUUUAAAUUUUUAGAUAAAACACCCUGUAACUCAGUAAGUAACCACAUUUUAUUUAAGUGUUUUAGGUUAAAUCUUCGUAUUUUGUGCUAAGGUUUCUCCAGUUACUAUAUGGACAAUUAUUAAUGAAACACCCUGUAUAUGGUAAAACUAAACCGUAAUUAUUAUACAUUAGACUGUCUACACGUUUGCAAAUUUUCAGCAUGAUCCUCAUGCCUUAGAACUCGCUUACCGAUUCUACGAACACGCUCACCAAUAGUGCCGUUUUCUUUUACCAAAAUUCGAACUUGCCAUUAAUUAUAAGAAUAUGGCGCACUUAAAUAGGAAAGCAAAGAAAGUUAUUUAAUAUUUUCUAAGAAAAAUUCGAUCGUUUUGUUCAAUUAGUAACGCUGAUUAAGUAGGCAGUAUUUUUGUUAAAAUCGUGUAAUCAUCCAACUAUCUUUGGAUAGAAACCGCAUGUUUCCAUUUCUUUGUCAUUUACAUCCAUCUUUGUUCAGCUAGUGGCGGAUCUACGGGGGAAUUUGCCUUCCCCGACAAGAAAAAAAAUUGUUGAAACAUAAAAAUAUAUUAGCUGACAUGAAACUUAAACCAUAGAUAGGCAAAUUCAACCCAAUAAAUUCGCUAGUUAGUAAAAUUAAGAGAACUUAAUGCAUAUACGUUAUUAUUUAUGUCUUGGUUGGUGUUUCAUGAAGUUCCCCCCAAGGCAAUAAAUCCGCCACUAUGUAUGUUCACCCUAUUAUUUGAGGUUAUGUAUAUAAAUUGGACAUACUUACAGUCGGAAAAAUGAAAGAAUACACAUGAACGAUCACAUCAAUCACUUAUUUUGUAUUUGCUGUCUUUUUCUAUAAAUAACAAACGUUUGUGAUAGAAAAAGGUAGCAAAUACAAAAUAAGUGAUUGAUGUGAUCGUUCAUGGGUAUUCUUUCAUUUUUCCGACUGUAGAUCUUGUGAUCCGUAUCCAUUUUCCUUAGUUUACACAAAUUUGUAUUCAUUUGCAGUUGUUAAUACUUUGUCCAACAAAUUAGACACUGGAUCAACUGUAUUACAUAAUAUAGAAUUAAAACUCACAGCUGUUAAAGUGCUCCAUGAUGUCACUAAGAUAAAUUGAACAGUAACGCCGAAAGUAUACAACCCUGUCCCAGUCUUUUUAAAACGUUAAUUCUUUCUUAUUGUUUAUAUCAAUUCGAACAUUACCUGAUUCUAAUACAAAUCAGUAAUUAUUCGACUAUGUCUCCUGCCCAUUCCUCUUGACAAUUUUUAUAUGCUGGUUAUACACACCCUAUCAAAAGCCUUUUCAUAAUCAACAAAACAAGACCUUCCCAAGUAUAUCUACUGAUUAAAGCAGUCUUGCAUUUUAAAACCAUCUUUAUAACUAAAAUAAUAUAAAUAGCUAUUGACAUGUGACAGCAGAAUCUCAGAUUUGAAAAAAAUAUACAUUGUACAUACAAUUAGGGGGUAUAUUUUUAUGCAUUGGAGUUAUGUAAUAUAUCCAAGGAUAGCAAUGGGGAACAAUAGCAACUAGCCAAAAAUUGUUUCUAGUCAAGUUGUUUUAUACAGUGAUGAGCGCGUUAAUAACCAGCAAAAUAACGCAAAAGAAUGGAAAACAUAAUACAUUGUGAAGUAAAAAGAGAUGAAACUAGUAGAGGUGCAAAUUAUCGAUAUAAACAACAUGUAAAAAUUAACAUUACAUAGUUUCCCACCUUUAGACGUAUCGGAGGAGUAUGACAACUGUCACUGUGGCAGGAGAAUCUUAUAAAAUACUCCUGUCACAGGCGUCUAAAGAUGGAAAGCUAUGUAAUGUAAUGUUAAUUUAUACGUUUAUAUCGAUAAUUUUCACCUCUACUAGUUUCAUCUCUUUUUAUUUCACAAUGUAUUAUGUUUUCCAUCUUUUGCGUUAUUUUGCCGGUUAAUAGAGAGAUUUUGCAAUUCCGUUAUGGUUAUCGUUAUACUACGUCUGCGCAGUAGCGAAUAUAUGAUCCGUUAUCGUUAUUAAACAUAAGGGAUUCCGUAAUUUACGGAGGUUUAAAGUGUGCUUAUCGUUAUCGUUAUAGUAAUGGUUAAAUUGCUUUGUUGCCAGAAUGUAAAAAAAUCGGUAAAAUUACAUUUACAUAGAUUCUAAUUUUGAUUACCUAUAAAUUAAAAUAUCAAAAACUGUUAAGUAUAUGCUUAAAAUUACAAUAACGUUGUGAAGUGAGGUUAUGUCUAAAUAACGAUAACGAUGACACGAAACACCUACUUGACAGGCUGCAAAAACUCUGCUUUUUAACGUUGCCGUAAUCGUUAUGCUUAAUAAAGUUAACCAUAGCGGAGCCAAAAUCAGCGGUUAUUUUAAGAGGUGUAAAAUCUCUCUAUUAGCGGGUUCAUCAUUGUAUAAACACUCCCACAGUUUAGCAAUUGUUUUAUUUCUACAAUAGAAUAUACAUAUUGUACAUACCACAACUAUAGUAUACUUAUAACUGAACUUCUUCAAAUGCAUAUGUCUCGAAGUUCCUGCAGCUUUUUACAAGAUUCAGUAUUUAUUUAGUAAAAAAUGAAGUCUUAAUUUUUAAAUAAAUUUUAAUACAUUCAUAGUUGGCAAGUAUAUUCGCUCCCUGUGUGACUAUAGCGCCAUAUACCCCCUCGCAUUUAUUCGGCAUUACUAGACAAAUUAAACAUGUGAUAAAUAGGUAAACAAACAUUACAUCCGUUUAUUUUUAGUAGUACUGGAAAGGAUUGGGUUUGUUCAUGAUUACUAGAUAAAAAAAUUUAAAGAUAACUAACAAAACUUUGUAAUAUUGAAUUUUUAUCGCCAGUUGCUCCAAAUGUAGAUACCUUACACAAAAACUUGCAGAAAAACUUCCGCUGCAGUGUUGUCAGCGUUUUAUUAUUUCUUUGAGUGAAAACUAAUUAAAAAUCAAGUGUCUGUAAUGUAUUUUUCUACUAAUCCUCAACUGAAAAAGUUUUUGUAAAAAAAUAGUCCAAUAAAAAUGACAUUCUUCCAUCAGAAUCUUCCUGUUAUUUUUUGUAACCUUAGGUGGUAACCAGUACUGGAACCAGAACUGUUUAAUGGUCUUUGUGUGAAGUCUAUCAUAAAAGAUGUAAAAAUACCUAUAUCAAAUUUAAAUUAUUCUUUUGCAUUUGUUUUAGUUUCUUAAGUUUUUAAGUACCUGAAUUGCACUAAAUGGCUCAUUGUUUUGAUGCUUGAUAGAAGUUGUAUAAAAUGUAUAAACAUGGACUGAAUCUUUAUAGACCAUAACAUUAUUGUUCAUACAUUGUACAUAUUUUUAUUAAUUAUUUAAAAUAAAUAUUUAUAAGAUA